AACCCAAUUAUAAGUGGCAAAAAAGAUGUGCCCUCUGUCUUCGAGUGUUGCAGUGUAUGGCAACCUGAGAAUACCGGUGCAGCAGAGUGAAGUAUCAAGGACCAUGAGCUACAAGUCAAAAUCCAUAGGGGUUAUUGGAGCCCCUUUCUCAAAGGGACAGCCACGAGGAGGGGUGGAAAAAGGCCCUACAGUCUUGAGAAAUGCUGGUCUGCUGGAGAAACUUAAAGAACAAGAGUGUGAUGUGAAAGACUAUGGGGACCUGCCCUUUGCUGAUGUUCCUAACGACAGCCCCUUUCAAAUUGUGAAGAAUCCAAAGUCUGUGGGAAAAGCCACCGAGCAGCUGGCAGAUGUGGUGUCAGAGGUCCAGAAGAACAACAGAGUCAGCUUGGUGCUGGGUGGAGACCACAGUUUGGCAAUUGGAAGCAUCUCUGGCCAUGCCAGGGUCCAUCCUGACCUUGGAGUCAUCUGGGUAGAUGCUCACACGGAUAUCAACACUCCACUGACAACCCCCACUGGGAACUUGCAUGGACAACCUGUGUCUUUCCUCUUAAAGGAACUGAAAGGAAAGAUCCCUGAUGUACCAGGAUUCUCCUGGGUGACUCCCUGCAUAUCUGCCAAGGAUAUUGUGUAUAUUGGCUUGAGAGACGUGGAUCCAGGGGAACACUACAUUGUGAAAACUCUGGGUAUUAAAUACUUUUCAAUGACUGAAGUGGAUAAGUUGGGAAUUGGCAAGGUGAUGGAAGAAGCACUCAGCUAUCUACUAGGAAGAAAGAAAAGGCCAAUUCAUCUGAGUUUUGAUGUUGAUGGAGUGGACCCUGCUUUCACACCUGCUACUGGCACACCUGUCAUGGGGGGUCUAUCCUACAGAGAAGGUCUGUACAUCACAGAAGAAAUUUACAAAACAGGGCUACUCUCAGGACUGGAUAUAAUGGAAGUAAACCCAUCUCUUGGGAAGACACCAGAAGAAGUAACUCGAACAGUGAACACAGCAGUAGCAAUAACCUUGGCUUGUUUUGGAGUUGCUCGGGAGGGUAAUCAUAAGCCUACAGUUAACUACCUUAACCCACCUAAGUAAGUGUGAAAACAAGAUAUAAAAAUCCCAGUGCUAACAACAUAAUUACUAAAUCUAAUAGUAUACUUACGCCUAUAGUUAUCCUCCUCAAAAUCUCUUCUUUCAGAAAUUUUUUUCCAAUUAGUAUGAAUUCUACCAAUUCCUGCUUGAAAAUUCAAGAUUUGAAAAUUCAAACUUUUGUACAAUUAAAAGUGUGUAUUUCCCAUUUUAGCAAAAGACAACUUUAGAGAGAGGCAUGUUAAUUUCCAAAUAAUGUGCUGGCACCGAAAAAAAAACACUCACCAAUACAAGCUCUCCAGUGAGUGUUGAGAGCCGCAGUCAAGAUGGUGCCUGGCAUUUUGUCAGAAGGAGCGGAUCCUGCUGCAUUGGGUGCCGGCUAUUUUUGAGCUCUGGUGGAGUUCCUAGAGAGUUCGCGCGGGUUGGUUGAGUUCCGGUUGGGCUCUUGCGGAGUUCCUAGAGAGUUCGUGUGGGUGGAGUUCGCGGGUUGAGUUCUGGUUGAGUGCUCAAAAAGUUCCUGAAGUUCUGGUGGAGCUCUCGGGGAGUUCCUGGAGAGUUCGUGUGGGCGGCGUAUGGCGUGGGUUCUAAAAAUAAAGUUUGUUCCUGCUUGAA